GCAUUGAUGGGCUCUGUUAGUUCGUAACGAUCCAUCUAAACAGUAGAGCAAUUUGCAGUAAGUGCUCCGAACAUCAAAUAUAUAGGACAUACUCUGUCCAAAUCCAACAUUAGUGUUGGCAUAGCAUCAUUAGCUCCCUCCAUAUAAAAAUGGUGAGGAAAAGGAAGCAUGACACUUAAGUUGGCAGGCUUCUCAAAGCAACCAUGCUGCAGCCGCCUUCAAAACCUUUCAACACUCCUUGAAUUGCACGUCUCUCCCUCUCUCUCCCUUUCUCUACGUACAAAUACACACACGCAUACAAUCCCUAUAAAUACUACUAAGAAACCACGUGAAGCAAGCACCCGCUCGCAGCCUUCCAUCUUCCUCUACUCUAUCUACUCCAGCAUAUAUGGGUGGAUCUACUAACCUUCCUCCUGGUUUCCAUUUCUUCCCCUCCGACGAAGAACUCGUCAUCCAUUUCCUCCGCCGCAAGGCGGCUCUCCUCCCAUGCCGACCUGACAUCGUCCCUACGCUGCCUCAGAAUCGCUACGAUCCAUGGGAGCUGAAUGCACUUCAAGCAGGGAACCAGUGGUACUUCUUUAGCCAAGCAACACAGAGUAGGACCUCACGAAAUGGGUGCUGGAAUCCCAUCGGUGCCGAUGAGGCAGUAAGUAGUGGCGGUUCUCAUGUCGGCCUGAAGAAGACACUCGUCUUCUCCAUUGGGGAGCCCUUUCAGGCGACCAAAACCAACUGGGUUAUGCAUGAGUACCACUUACUUGACGGGAAUGGGGGUACCAGCAGUUCAGGUAGUUCACGCAAGCGGUCUCACAAGAAGAAAGACCACCCAGACAAAGAAUGCAGCAAUUGGGUGGUGUGUCGGGUGUUCGAGUCGAGCUACGAUUCGCAAGUGAGCUUCCACGAGGAGGACAUGGAGCUUUCAUGCUUAGACGAGGUGUUCCUAUCCCUAGAUGACUAUGAUGAAGUCAGUUUGCCGAAGAAUUAGAACCUUUGCUAGCACAUUUGAGAGAAUGGGUUUUGUGCCUACCAUGCCAUCUGAUCAUGAUGAUACUCAUAAGAGAAACAUCUUUCUUAAUGAUCAAAUGAUCUGGUCGGUAUUAAACCUAAUUCACUCCAUCUAGACCAGAGAUGUAAUUAUUCUCCUCCAAGAAGGUGCAUGAAACAAAUUUAAUAUGUUUUGACUACUAUGGAAUAUAAGUGUGUAAUGGCCUAAUGGCCACUCUUUCAACUAGCAAUUACUCAAGCAUUU